GAGCUGCCUGUUUUUCUUAUCUGCUGCCAGGAGACCUUGUUCCCUUACAUCAGAGCCAAUGUGAAGGAAUAUCUGCGUGCUCACUGGGAGGAGGAGGAGUGUCAGCGGGACGUCGGACUUCUGAGGAAACAGGCUCAGGAAGACUCCAGCUUGGAUGGGGUCGUGCCAAUCCCUUUGGAGAGCGGAAGCGGGGAAGAGGAGCUGGAGCGGGUCAUCCAGGCGGUCGUAGACAACGUGCACUGGCAGAUGUCUCUGGACAGGAAGACCACAGCACUGAAGCAGCUGCAGGGUCACAUGUGGAGAGCAGCCUAUGCAACCGGGCACGUCAAAGGAGAAAUCUUUGAGGACGUGGUUCCAGCCAUCCGGAAGUGGCGGGAAGCGGGGAUGAAGAUCUAUAUCUACUCCUCAGGCAGCAUUGAAGCCCAGAAGCUUCUGUUUGGAUACUCUACAGAAGGUGAUAUCCUAGAGCUCUUUGAUGGCCACUUUGAUACCAAAAUAGGCCCCAAGGUAGAAAGUGAGAGCUACAGAAGGAUUGCUGCCAGCAUUGGGUGCGCCACCAACAACAUCCUCUUCCUGACGGAUGUCCCUCGAGAAGCCAACGCGGCUGAGGAAGCGGAUACUCACGUGGCUGUGGUGAUCAGACCGGGCAAUGCAGGACUGACGGACGAUGAGAAAUCGUAUUACAGCCUCAUCUCAUCUUUCACCGAACUUUUCCUGCCGUCCUCCACUUAGGGAAAGCAGCGCACGCACAAAAGACUGUGCUUCACCUGAAUUGUCCUUGUGUAAUGUUAGGUAAUUUUGUCCAUGAUCAGAAU